AUGGGUGCUACCCAGUCGGAUUCAGAAGAGAAUUUAGAAUCUGAGCUUGGAACAAAAGAAUAUUGGGAUGAACGUUAUAAAGUUGAGCUCAACAACUAUAAAGAUAUAGGAGAUGAAGGUGAAAUUUGGUUUGGCAAAUCUGCCGAAAAUCGAAUGAUUCGAUAUGUGCUGGAUGCCGGUCUGCCUAAAGAUUCGCGUAUUAUCGAUAUGGGAUGUGGUAAUGGAUCAACGUUGAGGCAUCUG